ACAUAACCUCAAUCCUCCCAUAAAAACAUAGAAAAGUGCUGGUCAGGAGGGAAAUGGUGUUUUAGGGACUCUCUCAUGGAUUAGCUUAAGGAACAAAGUAUGACGAUUACAGAUUACUUAUCGGGAUUGUCUGACAAUCCCUACUUCGGUGCUGGAUUCGGUUUAUUCGGCAUCGGAGCCGGUGCGGCGAUAUUACGUAAAGGCCUCCAGGGAGGUCUCAUCUUCUUCCGGCGGCACUACAUGAUCACACUGGAGGUGCCCUGUCGAGAUAAAUCCUACCAGUGGCUGCUGCAGUGGAUCACACAGAGGGGUGCCCGUAAGACCCAGCAUCUCAGCGUUGAGACGUCUUUUGAGCAGAAGGAGACGGGCCACGUGAAGACAAAGUAUGAUUUCAUUCCCAGCAUUGGGACACAUUUCAUGAGAUAUGGCAGGACGUGGAUUAAGGUGGAGCGAGCCCGCGAGCAGCACACCCUCGACCUGCACAUGGGCGUGCCCUGGGAAACCGUCACUUUAACUGCUUUUGGUCGGGACAAGAAUCUGUACUUUGGGAUUCUCGAGGAAGCUAGGCAACUGGCGCUGAAGCACACCGAGGGAAAGACAAUCAUGUACACAGCGCUGGGCAGCGAGUGGCGUCCCUUUGGACAUCCCAGGAAGAGAAGACCCAUCACUUCGGUCGUCCUGGAUAGAGGCAUAUCCGACAAGAUUGUGGCAGAUAUUCAGGAGUUCAUUAAAAAUCCCAUGUGGUACUCCGAAAGAGGGAUUCCCUACCGAAGAGGAUAUUUGCUGUACGGACCGCCAGGCUGUGGGAAAUCCAGCUUCAUCACUGCCUUGGCUGGAGAGAUUGAAUUUGGGAUUUGCGUGCUCAAUCUCUCAGAUCGCAGUCUGUCGGACGACAGACUGAAUCACCUUCUCAGUGUGGCUCCACAGCAAUCCAUCAUCCUGCUGGAGGACAUUGAUUCAGCCUUUGUCUCGCGGGAGGAAACUAAGCAGCAGAAGUCCGCCUACGAGGGGCUCAACAGAGUCACAUUCAGUGGACUCCUCAACUGCUUGGACGGCGUGGCGUCCACCGAGGCGAGGAUCCUCUUCAUGACCACAAACUAUUUGGACAGACUAGAUCCGGCACUCAUUCGGCCGGGAAGAGUUGACCUGAAGGAGUACGUGGGAUAUUGCUCGCAGUAUCAACUGGAGCAGAUGUAUCACAGAUUUUACGGCGAGGGAGAGGAUCGCAGCAAAGCCCAGGAGUUCGCUGAGAAAGUCAUGACUGAGAAGAAACCAGUGAGUCCUGCGCAAAUCCAAGGCUACUUCAUGAUGCACAAGACAUCGCCCCAGGACACAGUCCUGGCGAACAUCCGUGAAAUCUGGGAGAGUUACUAG